UGUGGUUAAUGGAUUUGUUUCACAAUGAUCGUGCUGGUGGAGACAUUGAAAGAUAAGAAAAAAGGGAGAAAACAAAGGAGAGAGUGAAUGCAUGAAUAUUUUUUCAACUAUUGAAAGUACAUACUUUAAAUCUUCUUCUAAAAUAAGUCUGAAUAAUAAGGUAACAUUUGUGGCCAUGAUGAUAUACUUGUUUUACAGGUUCUGUUAUAGUUCAGAGGGGAAAAGUUUUAGAAAGAGAGAAGCCUCAGAAAAACUUUCUGUUGCCUGGGUGUAGGCCAAGUCACAUGGAUUGGGUGUGGGGAGUUUCAGUGUUGCAGAACAGACCAGGAAGCUCACUGAGGAUUAUCCUGAGUUGUGUUAACAAACUGACAAAAGAGAACACGGGAUUUUUAUUCAAAAUGGAUUGGUUAAACGUCUUUAAAGAUUUUUUCAGAAUUGGAAAAGUGAAAAGAAAACAUAGUGUGCCAGAUUCUGCAUCUCCUGCUGAUGAUAGCUUUGUUGACCCAGGGGAACGUCUCUAUGACCUCAACAUGCCUGCUUAUGUGAAAUUUAACUACAUGGCAGAGAGAGAGGAUGAGCUAUCAUUGAUAAAAGGGACAAAGGUGAUCGUCAUGGAGAAAUGCAGUGAUGGGUGGUGGCGGGGUAGCUACAAUGGACAAGUUGGAUGGUUCCCUUCAAACUAUGUAACUGAGGAAGGUGACAGUCCUUUGGGUGAUCAUGUGGGUUCUCUGUCAGAGAAAUUAGCAGCAGUUGUCAAUAACCUAAAUACCGGGCAAGUGUUGCAUGUUGUACAGGCUCUUUACCCAUUCAGUUCGUCCAAUGAUGAAGAACUUAAUUUUGAGAAAGGAGAUGUAAUGGAUGUUAUUGAAAAGCCUGAAAAUGAUCCCGAAUGGUGGAAAUGCAGGAAGAUCAAUGGAACGGUUGGUUUGGUGCCAAAAAACUAUGUUACCAUUAUGCAGAAUAAUCCAUUAACCUCAGGUUUGGAACCAUCACCUCCGCAGUGUGAUUACAUUAGGCCGUCACUCACUGGAAAGUUUGCUGGCAAUCCAUGGUAUUAUGGGAAAGUCACCAGGCAUCAAGCAGAAAUGGCAUUAAAUGAAAGAGGGCAUGAAGGUGAUUUCCUCAUUCGUGAUAGUGAAUCUUCGCCAAAUGAUUUCUCUGUAUCACUAAAAGCACAAGGGAAAAACAAGCAUUUUAAAGUGCAACUAAAAGAGACUGUCUACUGCAUUGGGCAACGUAAAUUCAGCACCAUGGAAGAACUUGUAGAACAUUACAAAAAGGCACCAAUUUUUACAAGUGAACAAGGAGAAAAACUGUAUCUUAUCAAGCAUUUGUCAUGAUAAUGCUGACCAGAAGUGACUGCUACACAGCUAUAAUUUGUCAUGUAAUUGAAGACUGAGAAAAUGUCAGUCCAGUCAUGUUUGAUUGGAAAUCACUUUCUGACCCUACAUGAGAAUUGACUAUAAUACAUAAAUAUUUUUAUUAUAACUCAGCCCAUACAUAUAUACUACAUAUGCAAAGCAUCUGCACAAAGCAGAUCCUUAUCCUUGGUCUUCUGUUUUAUUGUUCUCUUUUCCUCUUUGCUUCUAAUAGUAAGAUUUUAUAUUUUGAAAAAAUGAUGCAGAUCAAAAGUCUUUACAUGGAAGAAUUUAUUGGUUUAUUUUUAUUUCCUUGUAAGGGCACCAUAUUAGUCACUUCUGCCAAAGUUUCUCUUCAUAUAAAAUUAUUAUAUCAGUAUAUGGCAUAUACUAAAAUAAAUUUCUUGGACAAUGUUCUUUUCUGUGACUAAAUAGCAAUAAUAAAUGGAAAAUUAGAAAUUAUUUUCAGGUAUUUGUUGCAAGCCAUUGUAAAUAUCAAAUGUUGUGUCUGCCAUUUUAAAAAAUUUAUUGUCUUCAUUGUAAAGCAAAACAAAUGGGACAUGCGUUUGAAAACGUAUCUUUUACACUUCUAAUUUACAGCUGUUGGAAACAAAAA